AAUUGUUAGCUGGGGGCCCAACUAAAGUGAAGACCGACUCUGGAGGGAGCCUCCGUCUCACUCCCAGACUCUCACAACAAAAGCCAAACAAACCCUCCCCCCAAGUAAGUCUUUUUUCUUUUCGUAUUUGGGAAUUCUGGGGGUUCUUUCCGAAGCUUCAGAUCGUGGUACAGGGAUGAGCUAUUCGUGUCCUACCUGCUACAAUCUCCAAGUUCUCGAUGAAGAAGAUAACGUCUAUGACUUGAUUUGUACCAACUGUGGAUCAGUUUUCUGUGCCAAGUGUGGAAAUGAGUCGCAUUAUCCUGCAUUAUGUGAUGACUUUCGCAAAUGGAACAAUCCAGAUUUGAUUUCCCCUAAUGACGAUCUAAAUUGCUUUCAUGCGAUGAAUAGCAUAAAGUGCUGCAAAGAAACAACAUGGAAGUAUUACGAUGAGGUACUGAACUUCCUCAAGGAAAAGGAAUCUGGGUUAUCCCCCAGUGAUUUGUAUGAUGGUGGCGUAAAUUAUGCAUUUGAUGAGCUUCGGGGUGUGAUUUCAUAUCUGAAAUGGGUCCACGUCCAUUUGUGUUUCAAUGGUGAACUGGCUCCUUUGCUCAAUAAUCCUUUCAAAUCUCUACAUGUUCAAUUUGAACAACUCUUAGGCGCACUCCCUUCUCCCGGGGUUCCAUUGGAAGAUAAUUUUGGAGUAGGAAUGAUCAAAAAAUAUCGGCUGGAUUUGACGUUGGAGCGGAGCACCUUUAACAGGACCUUGAUUUUUGACAGGGAUUCUUUGAAGAAACCCCCUCCCUCAAAAGAAGAGAGACAAGAGUCGGUGCAACUUCGUCGGGUUGUGGAAGCCCAGUUACUGGCCCACUACUGCAGGCCAUAAAAUCAAAUGACUUUGUUGCGCUUGUCAAAAUACUAUGUCUCUAUCUCUGCCGUUAUUUCUGACUUUGAUGUUUGUUUGUUUUUGAGUCGCUUUUUAUGCGAUGAUAGACUUGAUAGAAUUCUAACUUUGGUA